AUGACGACUGGAUAUCAAGCAAAUGAUGAAGUUGUUAGUGGAAGAUUAGUGAGUUAUGAAUCUACUGCAGAAACCCUAAGUGACAAAAUUCAGUUUCCUUCAUUUUUAUGGACAGUGCCCAGUGACUUCUACCAAACUAAAGCAAUGGCCCACCUGAUUCAGAAAUCUGGACAGAAUUGGAUUGACAUCCUAACCACAGAUGACGACUAUGCUCUCAACACUAUUGCAGUUCAAACAGCAGCAAAUAAUGUGUGCACAGCCUUCAGAGAAGCUCUCCCAGCCUUCCUCUCAGAUACUACCAUCGAAGUCAGGAUCAAUCAGACACUUGAGAGAAUCAUAGCAGAAGCUGAGUUACUUGCUGUACUGAAAAAUGUCACAUUCAUGGAGGGCUGGAGUUCAUUUCAUUUUGAUGCCCUUGGAGCUAUGAAUACUGGAUACAAUAUUGUGCUCUGGAGGGAGAUCAAUGGCCACAUGUCUAACAAGAUGGUACAAUAUGACCUGAAGAAUGAUGUCUUCAUUGUCACAAAUCAAGAAACAAAAAAUGAGCAUAGGAAUCUUAAGAAAAUUCAAUCUAAAUUCUUCAAGGAAUGCAGUCCUGGGCAAAUGAAGAAAACCACAAAAAGUCAACAUACUUGCUGCUAUGAAUGUGUGACCUGUCCUGAAAAUCACUAUAGUAAUCAGACAGAUACGGAUCAUUGCCUUUUAUACAACAACGAAACUCACUGGGCCCCUGUAGGGAGCACAAUGUGCUGAAAGGAAAUGGAGUACCUUGACUCCUUGGCUAUCUUGCUCCUGGCCCUCUCUCUGCUGGGAAUUCUGUUUGUUCUGGCCAUUGGCAUAAUAUUUACAAGAAACCUGAACACACCCGUUGUGAAAUCAUCCGGGGAAUUGAUGGUCUGCUACGUAAUCCUCUUCUGUCAUUUCCUCAACUUUGCCGGCACAGGCUUUUUCAUUAGAGAACCACAAAGCUUCACGUGUAAAACCAGGCAGACACUAUCUGGCAUGAGCUUUACUCUCUCCAUCUCCUACAUUCUGAUGAAGUCCCUGAAAAUUCUGCUGGCCUUCAUGUCCAAGCUGCAGAACUUCCUGAAGUGCUUCUAUAAACCCAUCCCCAUCAUUUUCACUUGCACGGGCAUGGUUGUCGUUUACACCCUCUAGCUCAUCUUUGCAGCCCCUGCUGUGGGACAGAAUGUCUCCUUGCCCAGAGUCAUUAUCUUUGAAUGCGAGGAGGGGUCCAUUCUUGCAUUUGGCUCCAUGCUGGGCUAUGCUGCCAUCCUGGCCUUCAUGUGCUUCAUUUGUGCCUUCAAAGGCAGGAAAUUCCCUGAGAAUUACAAUGAGGCCAAAUUCAUAACAUUUGGCAUGUUCAUUUACUUCAUAGCUUGGAUCACCUUCAUCCCCAUCUACACGUUUGGCAAAUAUAUGCUGGUUGUGGAGAUCAUCAUUAUUUUAAUAUCUAAAUAUGGGAUCCGAUGUUGCAUGUUCUUCCCCAAAUGCUAUGUUAUACUUUCUAAGCAAGAGACUAACACAAAAUCUGUCUUUCUCAAGAUGAUUUACAGUUACUCUCCCCACAGUGCAGGCAGCCUUGCCAUGAGCCACAGCAACAUCACAAUAACCAACCACACCUCUGCUGGUGGGUCUGCAGUCCAGCAGAAAAGCAGAGAUCUUCAGGUACAAGGCUUUGCACACAUAUGCAGAGAAAAUGCUAUGUGCAGACCUAAAGCUUUGCCUCCAAAAAGAAUCUCAAGUAUAUGAAUGAGUCCUUAAGACAUGGUAUGUUUCAGAAUGAAAUGUUUUCUAGGGUCUUUGCAUUUAAGAUGUGCAUUUACUUCCUGAACAAACAUACACUAUGUGACUUCACUACUACUACCUGCACCAAAUUUCCCCCUGUUCAACCACCUGUGUAACAAAGUAAAUAAAGCCCUCAACCUGAAACUCCCUUCAUUCCUUAGCCACCCCCAUCAGCCUCCAUCUUUACCUCCUUCUUUUUCGGCACAGAGCCAAAGGUAUCUUUU